AUGGGAAAAAAAACGAGAACAAAGACAGUCUUCAACCUCCUAUUGGAUGAACUCCUUCCGAACAAUGAGCCAAAACCAACAAAAGUCAAUGAUAACGGUGUUCCACCGCCGGACCUGUCCGUAUACACGACUCUUCCAAUGGAAAUCGAAUCCUUCAUGUUAUUUGGCCUCGUAUAUGCAACCACUGUGUUCCUACAGCGCCUUGUGGUGAUACCAACCCGAUGGUUGGUGCAGACUCUCUCAAAUAGAAGGGGUCUUAAUUAUAUAAGGGAUACUAUUUCAAUAUCUCUAAUCUCAAUCGCCUUGUUGUUAUUAAAUAUCGAUACAAGCAGGAUAUACCACAACAUCAGGUCAGGCACAGCCAUCAAAUUAUAUUUUAUGAUGCAGGUUUUAGAUGUUGCAGAUCGAUUGUUGUCUGUAACAGGGAAAGAUAUAUCAACCUGGAUGCACAGUUGCACAGGCGCCAAGUUUUACCUCCUUUAUUCAUUGUCUGCACUAUACUUGGUAUUACAUUCUUGGGUUUUGGUUUAUCAGGUAAUGGCGCUGAAUGUUGCCAUUAAUUCAUAUUCCAAUGUUUUACUAACCCUAAUCCUAUCAAAUCAGUUCUCCGAACUCAAAUCUGCAGUUUUUAAGCGCAUCCAACGUGAAGGUUUAUUUCAAAUGUCAUGCGCAGAUUUGAAUGAACGGUUCAUUUUGUUUAUCAUGGUAACAAUAAUAACAAGCAGAAAUAUUUUGCAAGUCUCGGGUUCACCGAAAUCGUGGCCUAGCUUACUCAUACAACCGUCUAUUCUAGUGUUUGGAUCUGAAGUUAUUGUAGACUGGUUGAAACACGCAUACAUUGUUAGGUUCAACACCUUUUCUCCCCAGAUAUACACAAAAUUCACCACAAUCUUGGCAUCUGACUUUCUGAACAAUAAAUCGUUUACAAGAAGAACAGGAUUUCCAAUGGGCCCUGCGAUAAUCGUCCUACUAAAGUUGACUAUUUUCCCUUACAUUUCGAUCACCCCGUACAUCACUAUACCGUUUAUUCCUUUCAUAGUUCUCUUACUGAUUCUGGUGAGGAUGGCCUUAUCACAUGGCCUACGUCGCUGUGCACGUAAAUUGAGAACGAAGCCAUGCACUGAAUAUAUACCGGGUCUUGUACCAAAUGUGCAGCUCUCACAAGUCCAUGACGUCAAGCACAUUCUUUGCGAUUUGUCUAAAGGAGAUACAAAUUCCCGCCCCCAGAGAGCAGCUGAUCCAUGUAAGAGUGAAAUGAAAGAUGUUGGUCGGUAUGAGAUGGCUGACAAGAGAAUCUGGUAA